UCCGAUCUCCCGUCCCGCGCCCAACGCCUCUCACCUUCCGGCGUCCUCCCUCUCACACGCGCCCCACCCGCCAGUCACAGCUACCGCGCAGCCGCGCCCACCUAUUUAUAUGAUCCAUCCCGCGUCCCCCACCUCGAUCUCCUUGGCUUGUCUUGUACGUGCAAGUGCGGCCGAUGGAAGACUCGCUGCAAGGAGGCAGCCAGCAGAAGCAGCCGAAUCCCCAGCUGCCUGCUAUGUUACUCGCCUCGGCCUCGCCGGUGCCGCAGCUGGACUGGGCGUCGCUGCUCCUCCCGCGCGCGCCGGGGUCGUUGCACGAUGUCGGGGCGACGGCGUCGCAGCAGCAGGCGGUGGCGGGGGCUAGUGGUGGUUGUAGUAGCAGCACCGCAGGGGAUGCCGACGGGGAGACGGGAGCUGGGGAGAAGGGCGGCGGGACGAGGGGGAAGAAGAAGAAGAAGGCGACCUGGCCGCGGUUCGCGUUCCAGACGCGGAGCGAGAACGACAUCCUCGACGACGGCUACCGGUGGAGGAAGUACGGCCAGAAGGCUGUCAAGAACAGCGCGUAUCCCAGGAGCUACUACCGGUGCUCGCACCACACGUGCAACGUGAAGAAGCAGGUGCAGCGGCUGGCCAGGGACACGAGCAUCGUGGUGACCACGUACGAGGGCGUGCACAACCACCCCUGCGAGAAGCUCAUGGAGGCACUCAGCCCCAUCCUCAAGCAGCUCCAGCUCCUCUCCCAGUUACAGUGCAGCACGAAUCAGCUCAUCUGAUGAGCUAGUAUUAUUUAUCUCACACAGAUGACAGCGUGCAUAGUCAGCGCGAACUAAUGCAGAUUUGUUUACUGCCCAAAGUGUACAAAUCAAAACACGUUCUAGAUCGGGAAGAGAAGGAAAUAGUAGGCUGUCCUACUCCUACCUCCCAACAAAUACAAAUGUGUUCCUUCUUGUUUCAUGCAUAUACCAAAAAAAAUGUGUGUAGGCACUGAUGCAUGUGUUGUGUUUUAAACUUAAUUACAAAAGAAUCAAUGUGCUAAA